GCGCGGUGACGGAGCGCGGCGGCCGCGGCCCUUUGUUGGCGGCGGUUGAGGCGCGGCGGGGCCGGGCCGGGCCGGGGCCAACGGCGGCGGCGGCGGGGCCGGGCGCGGGGAGGCCGCGGGAGCCGCCGCCGCUCCCUCAGCGCCUCGCCAUGGACUCGGACGAGGGGUACAACUACGAGUUCGACGAGGACGAGGAGUGCAGCGAGGACAGCGGCGCGGAGGAGGACGAGGAGGACGAGGAGGAAGACGAGCCCGACGAUAAUCUGGACCUGGGCGAAGUAGAGCUGGUGGAGCCCGGGCUGCGCGUCGGCGGGGAGCGCGACGGGCUGUUGGGCAGCGAGACGGGCGGGCUGGGCCCCGGCGGCGGCGGCGGCGGUGGCGGCCUGGGCGGCGGGCCGGGUCCCGGCGGCGGCCCCGAGCAGGAGGAGGAUUAUCGCUACGAGGUGCUGACGGCCGAGCAGAUCCUGCAGCACAUGGUGGAGUGCAUCCGCGAGGUCAACGAGGUCAUCCAGAAUCCAGCGACUAUCACUCGAAUACUGCUUAGCCAUUUCAACUGGGAUAAGGAGAAGCUGAUGGAGAGGUACUUUGAUGGCAACUUGGAGAAGCUCUUUGCAGAGUGUCACGUAAUUAAUCCAAGUAAAAAGUCGCGAACGCGCCAGAUGAACACCAGAUCAUCAGCCCAGGACAUGUCCUGUCAGAUCUGCUAUCUGAACUACCCAAACUCCUACUUCACUGGCCUGGAGUGUGGACACAAAUUCUGUAUGCAGUGCUGGAGUGAAUAUUUAACUACCAAAAUAAUGGAGGAAGGCAUGGGACAGACCAUUUCAUGCCCUGCCCAUGGCUGUGAUAUCUUAGUGGACGACAAUACAGUUAUGCGUCUGAUCACAGAUUCCAAGGUUAAAUUAAAGUACCAGCAUUUAAUAACCAAUAGUUUUGUAGAGUGUAAUCGACUGUUAAAGUGGUGUCCUGCCCCCGACUGCCACCACGUCGUUAAAGUCCAGUACCCGGAUGCGAAACCCGUGCGCUGCAAAUGUGGCCGUCAGUUCUGCUUUAACUGUGGUGAAAACUGGCAUGAUCCUGUUAAAUGCAAGUGGUUAAAGAAAUGGAUUAAGAAGUGUGAUGACGACAGUGAAACCUCCAAUUGGAUUGCAGCCAACACAAAGGAAUGCCCGAAAUGCCACGUCACCAUCGAGAAGGACGGGGGCUGCAACCACAUGGUCUGUCGGAACCAGAACUGCAAGGCGGAGUUCUGCUGGGUGUGUCUGGGCCCCUGGGAGCCCCACGGAUCUGCCUGGUACAACUGUAAUCGCUACAAUGAGGAUGAUGCAAAGGCAGCAAGGGAUGCACAGGAGCGAUCCCGAGCAGCCCUGCAGAGGUACCUGUUCUACUGCAACCGCUACAUGAACCACAUGCAGAGCCUGCGCUUCGAGCACAAGCUCUACGCUCAGGUGAAGCAGAAGAUGGAGGAGAUGCAGCAGCACAACAUGUCAUGGAUCGAGGUGCAGUUCCUGAAGAAAGCAGUCGACGUCCUCUGCCAGUGUCGUGCCACACUCAUGUACACUUACGUCUUUGCCUUCUACCUCAAAAAGAAUAAUCAGUCCAUUAUCUUUGAGAAUAACCAAGCAGACUUAGAGAAUGCUACAGAGGUGCUUUCUGGGUACCUGGAGCGAGAUAUAUCCCAAGAUUCGCUGCAAGACAUAAAGCAGAAAGUACAGGAUAAGUACAGAUACUGCGAGAGCCGGCGGAGGGUUUUGUUGCAGCACGUGCAUGAAGGCUACGAGAAGGACCUGUGGGAGUACAUCGAGGACUGAGCCCGGCCCCGCAGCAAUGAACUCUGAACCCUUUCCCAUCCUAGAGUGCUCAUGCAAUUCCAAUAAAACCCACCCAGGGCGCUGCUCCGCCUCUUACACCGCUGGUCUGUAGUACCGGGAUUCUGUUUUGUUAACAGAAAAAUUAAGUAAAUUAUAUUGUAAUAAAAAAAAAGGUAGAUAAACCAUUGUACAACAGUAUUCUAGGCGGCCAAGAGUGUGACAGACGCACUAAAAACCCUCCAACUUUAACUUGUAACGUAGCUUCAUCCUCCAAGCCGACUCCUUUUUCUUUUCUCUCUUUCUUUUCCUGUGUGUAGUACAGAUGAAACUUAAACCAGUUUCUUGACACUGCUUUUCAUGUCCAAACCAGCCAUUUUGAUGGACUUUGGUAAGGGGGGUGGCUCUCCCGCUCCCCUCCUCCUCUCUGCCACCCAAAUACAUGGAUGAAUGUGGAUUGGCUCAUUGUAAAGAGGAUUUUUGGGGAGGGAAGGAGGGGGGGGUACACAGCAAGGAAAAAAAAAAACCCAACCUUUGUAUAUGACUUUUAAAACAAAAAGAGGACAACACAGUAUUUUUCAAAGUUGUAUAUAGCGCAUAUGCAUGGACAAAGAGCAAGCGUGGCACGUGUUUGCAUAAUGUUUAAUUACAAAAAAAUAUUUAUUCUUUAAAAAUCUUCAA